UCUUUCUACACCGUCCCACACGGAUCUCCAGCAGGAAAACAUAGUUUGUUUCUCAAAACAUGAGUCACUUUAACGCAUGCGCAGGCAGGGCCAGCGGGCAGGCGAAGACCACAGUAAGUGAAGAUCAGCAGUCUAACAGAACAGCAGCAGACUGCAAGAAGAGGCACACACUCCUUCCUGCGCCUCGCCUCGACAUGGCCUUCGUCGUGCUGUGUCUGGCCCUGGUGUUGGUGCCGUGGACUGCCGCCUCGCCCGUCCACAACUCCACUGCUCUUAGGAUCACCGACGACCACAAUAACCGAACGAGAAGAUGCUUCGGCCAUCAUGGCGGCCAUCAUGGAGGUUACAACUCGUGGCCUUGGUGCAACAACUAUUACUUUGACCCCUGUUACAACCCCUGUUGGCCAUCAUGGCCAACAUCAUCUGUACCCACUACCACGAAGCCCACCACCUGGCCCACUUACUACCCCACUCUUCCGCCCAUCACCAGGCCGCCCUACACACCCAUGCCUACCUACAUCCCCAUCAUGCCCACGAGACCGCCCAGACCCCCCACGAGGCCACCCUACACACCCAUAAUGCCCACGAGACCGCCAAGACCCCCCACGAGGCCAACUUAUAGACCCAUAAUGCCCACGAGACCGCCCGUACCAUCCACGAGGCCAACUUAUAGACCCAUAAUGCCCACGAGACCACCCAGACCCACCACGAGGCCAACUUACAGACCCAUAAUGCCCACGAGACCGCCCAGACCCACCACGAGGCCAACUUAUAGACCCAUCAUGCCCACGAGACCACCCAGACCCACCACGAGGCCAACUUAUAUACCCAUAAUGCCCACGAGACCGCCCAGACCCACCACUUGGCCAACUUAUAUACCCAUAAUGCCCACGAGACCACCCAGACCCACCACGAGGCCAACUUAUAUACCCAUAAUGCCCACGAGACCACCCAGACCCACCACAAGGCCAACUUACAGACCCAUCAUGCCCACGAGACCACCCAGACCCACCACGAGGCCAACUUAUAUACCUAUAAUGCCCACGAGACCACCCAGACCCACCACAAGGCCAACUUACAGACCCAUCAUGCCCACGAGACCACCCAGACCCACCACAAGGCCAACUUAUAUACCCAUAAUGCCCACGAGAACGCCUAGACCCACCAGACCGCCCUACACACCCAUCAUGCCCACGAGGACACCGAUACCCGAGAGGCCGCCCUACACACCCAUCAUGCCCACGUGGACACCUAUACCCACGAGACCGCCUUACACACCCAUCAUGCCCACGAGAACACCUAUACCCACGAGACCGCCCUACACACCCAUCCUGCCCACGAGGACACCCAUACCCACCAGGUGGCCGACCUACACACCCAUCAUGCCCACGAGGACACCCAGGCCUACUUACAUCCCUAUCAUGCCCACGAGAACAGCUAUACCCACCAGGUGGCCGACCUACACACCCGUGAUGCCGACAGUGACCUCUUAUCCUACCUUUCCAACAGUGACAGAUUCCUACAGGAAGAGAGGGUGCAACAGAGUCUGCGUCGACGAGCACAAAAUGCAUUACUGCUGCGACACAACUACCACGCAGCCCCCCACCACUCUAGCGUCGCUGGGCACGUGUCCACCUCAGAUAUAUCCCUGCACACUGCCCGCCAACCACACGACUCAACGUGACUGUAUGUUUGACUACCAGUGUCCGGACGACCACGGGUGUUGCUACGACCACUGCCUUCAAGAGUACAAGUGUCGCCGCCUAAUGCAGCUCGCUUCCACUACCACGCCCACGACGGGCCUCUCGCACCGUCACAAGGACGAAACGAGAUUGGAGCGUUCCCUGCAGGAGGAAGAGCCUACAGUUGUGCCAGAGACACUCGCAGCCAGUGAGACCCAGGCAAGCAGGCAUACUCCCACCUUCACGGUGAUGCAGCCACAGAUGACCACAGGACGCCACGGCGAAGAGGCGCGCCUCGCCGUGAUGGUGGACGAGGGUCGGCCAGGCAGCGGCCAACACCUCCAGCAGCUUCUCAUACGUCUGCAGCAGCCCAGCCUUCCCAUCCUGUUCCUGCCCCUCCACCCGCUGGCGGACGAGAGGAGGACAGUGUGGGAAGUGGUGCAGUGCGCGACGCAGGCAGCCCCAGAGCAGAAGGCAGCCGUACACUUGGUGGGCUGUGUUCUGGCAGCCCCGCCUCCACCCAUGGCCCGGCUCGACUCCUUCCUCUCUUCAGUCAGAAAGUGUGGACGUGACCACCGUGUGAGCUGGACGAGCCUACAGCUUUGCGUGGACCAUGGUAAGGGACGAGGCAUGCUGCGGGACGCCCUCCUGCGUCACGCUCGUCUGUUGCAAGCUGCCAGGACGCGUCAGAUGACCGCGGCGCGGCCUGUCGCUGCUGUCCUCGCCGUCAACGGGACCUUAGUGGAGAGAGACACUAUGCCCAUCCCAGCCAUCAUCUCAGUCAAAUAGAUGCCCUGCGGCCUACCUACUGGACGGCGGGACAACUUUGACAGUCGCCUCAUAGCACAUCACUGCCAAGGUUUUCGAGCCACAUCUGCUCCCAACAUACAAUGUGUGUUUCAAAGGAUGUGGAGCAGUGGGGGAGCUUCUUUGUAUGAACUAGAUACGUAACCAGUUCUUAAGAUAAGGAAAAUAAAUCCUAAAUAUAUA